UAUUAUUAUUCUUUUUCGCGGAAAAAAAAGGGGACGAAAUGUCGACCAGCCGUCACUACAGCGAGAGCCGAGCCAUCCCCACUCGCCGAGUGGUCCUGAGCGACUCCGCGCAGCUACCUCAUGACUAUUGCACCACUCCCGGAGGCACGCUGUUCUCCACCACUCCAGGAGGGACCCGGAUUAUAUACGACCGGAAGUUUCUGCUGGAGUGCCGCAAAUCUCCGGUCACGAGGACCCCUCCUCUGCAUCUCCCCCACAUACCGGGCGUCACGGUGCUCAGCUCCACAGAGAACACUAAAGCCGAGCCCAAUAACCUCAAAGACGGAGAACGCAACGGCCGUGAAGGGAAAUCAGCGACCGGGGACGAGUCGCAGUUUGAAAUGGACAUCUAGGCUUUCCAUGCCACUGCCCAUUAAUUCCACUCCACACUUCAUGCAUCAGUGCCUUGACUCCCAGCUCCAAGCACACGCCGGACACCUGCUGGUGGCUCUGGAGACCUCUUCCUUGCCAAGAGUCCGAAACCCUCAUCCACUGCCCUCUCAUCCUUUCCAACACAGAGCAAAGUGCACAAGAUCCCAAAGACCCGCCAUAGUAAUUUAGCCUCUUGGUUUUUAUGGUUUUCUUUUAAUUCCUGCUUGGAAAAUUCUCAGGAAUUUCAUCUCUCUCUUUCCCUAUUCCCCCAUGGGAUCAGCAUUGUUUUACUACUUAUGUUUUUAAAAGUACCCGAAUGUAUUGAAGAGCGAGCUUUGAAGCAAUUCACAGGCAGUCGUUGCUGGAAACUUGUGUUGUUUUUUUUAAGCUAUGUUGGGAAAAGGAUUUUGGAACGAAACCAUUCUGUUGUAUCUCACUUUUUUCCUUAACUGUAUCAGAUGCUAGAUAAGCAUUGUGUACAGUGCUGUGAAACAUCCCUCCCCCUACCAACCCCACAGUAAACUCUUAAAUUGCUC